GCCAGAGAAAGCAAUAUUACAUGUACUUAUGUGUCUUUUGAUUCCUUCCCACCUUCUAACUGUCUGUUGACAGGGACACAUUAUCUACCAUUCCUAAUUAUAAAUAAAGCCUUCUCUUCUCUGGUAAGUAACUCAUGCUUGCAAGUUGCAAUUUUGCCAUUUUGCUACUUUGUUUUUUUCUUCUUCUGGAUUUUGAGUGAGCCCUUUCAUUUAAAUUCUCAAUACAACAAAAAGCUAUUUUUGUUUGGAUUCUUUAGAGUAACUGGAAAUUUCGGGUUGCUUAUUUUCUUGUUUGUUGCUUAGUGUUGAGCGAAAGUUCCAUUGGUUUGUGAGAAAGUGAAAGGCUAUAUAUUGCUUUUGGUAGACGAAAUUAAACUUACUGUUUUUCCUAAGUAAGGUGAAGGGCUUUUCCUACUUUUAACUUAGGUUAAUGUCUUUUUUCUGAGAAAGGGAGAAUCUUUGGGCCAUAAGUCCUUUUGCUUGGCUAUUUUUUUGAAAAAUCUAGUUGGGUAGUUUCUUUAUUUGUUUCUUACCACCUUUUUCUUUCUGGGGGAAUUUUACUUUAAUUAGUGCAAACCUGGACUGUGAAAGUGGACACACUAAAUUCUAGAAGUACUACUAACAACUUCCAUCAAAGUCUUCGAAGAACAAAUAUUUCCGUAAUCUCUACGCAACAGUUGAAGUCUUAUCUUUUUUUCAAAUGGUGCCUUGAGUGAUCUUGUCAGUGCUUCAUCAUUUGAUUUCGACGACCUAGUUUGCAAAGGAGGAGCUAGCAAAUUGCAGAUUACUCUGGCAAAAGCAGAACCUUAAAGAACAUGUCUUCAAAUCUAGUAGUACCUGGUCCAAUUCAAUUCAAUUACAGUCAAUACGAAAUCCUCGUCUCCCUAAAUCAAGGAGAUCAAGAUCAACGACAGGCUGCAUUCGAGUACAUUCUCAACGUGAUCGUUUACUCAUCAGUUAUCCUGGUGUUGCUGAUGGUUGCUGCGUUGCUUAUCAAAUUACUUGGAGUUUGUGAGGGUGAAAUGGCAAGAAAUGAUGCAGUCAGAAGAGAAACAGACAGAUUAAUUUCGAAAGCAAGCGCUUCUUUAUCCUAUGGAACAUGUGACGAAGAUGAUUUAGAAUCUGGAAAUUGCAGUCGUUGUAGUUCUUCGGAAGAUCUGUAUGAUGAAAACAUAUGCAUAGUUUGCUUUGACGAGAAACGAAAUUGUUUCUUUAUUCCAUGCGGCCAUUGCGCUACUUGCCACGCAUGUGCCAAGAGGAUUACUGAGGAAGAAAACAAGAAUUGCCCAAUUUGCCGGAGAGUAAUCCGCAGAGUAAGAAGAGUGCUUAUUGCAUAAAUUCACGUUUCCCUUAUGUAGUUAAUGUAAAUGAUGCACUUACAUCGACAAUGGUGAUAUUACCACGUCUUUUUUGUUUAUUUUUUAUUGCACGUUGCUGGCUUGCAAUUUGAUAGGAAUAGGAAAAUUAUGAGGUACAACACCUUUGUCUACUUGUACACUCAAGAUAGCCUCGUCCUCGUGGGCAAGUGGCGGAUCAAAAGUUAACUUACUGGGGAACUAAAAGAUACGUACGAGACCACUAUAAUUCAUUUUUGCUAGUCUCUUUGGACUUCUGAAGUUGAAUUUUGUCCCCUUUUCUCUUUUC